AAACUUGGGCUUCAAACUGGUUAAAAAUAACUAUUCUUGAUAUGUUAAAAGAACCAGACAAAACAAUUACUACAACUAUUCUCAGUAUGUUGGAAGAACCGGACAAAACAAUUACUACAACUAUUUUCAGUAUGUUUGAAGAACCAGACAAAACAAUCACUACAACUAUUCUUAAUAUGUUGGAAUAA